AGAGCCCAAUAUCAAUUUCUUCUUCUCUGCGAGCCACCGUAUCUUAUCUUUCUCUCUUUGACACUAUCUCUCUCUCUCUCUCUCUGAAUCGUAUCUCGCCGCCGUGCCUCACUCUCACUCUCUGAUGAUCUGAUCGGAGUAACAAUUCAGAACAGUUGUUUUUUGGGAUUUUCUUCAACUAGUUAAUCAACAAUGAUUGGAAAUGGCGGUACCUUAUCCCAAGGUUCUGUCUUAUGUUACGCUUGUCAAAUGCCUGCUAAGGUUGCUGUCUCAAGUGUCCGAAGUUUUUGGGGACAUAGUUUACAAAAUAAACCAAGAGGAAUGGCAUUCACAGACAUGUCUGCUACGUCGAGCCUGCUGUUAAGUGGGGGUCAAAAUCUUCUGUUUCGUACUAUCCCUGUGUUACCUAGUCUACGCAAAUCUUGUAAGUCCCCUCGAGCGAUGAAGGAUGGCGCUGCUGGCUAUCGAUACCCUCCGAUGACAAAAAAACCAAGAUGGUGGUGGAGAACAUUAUCAUGCAUCCCUUACCUCUUACCUUUCCAUCAAGUAUGGAUGUAUGCUCAGACAGCAUACAAUCUUCACCCGUUUCUCGAGAGUUUCGAAUACUAUACAUACCCUUUUCUUAGGUCAAUUGGGAGCCUACCUAGAUGGUCUCUCAUAGCAUACUUUGUGAUUGCAUAUCUUACAAUUGUGAGGAGAAAAGAAUGGCCUCAUUUCUUCAGAUAUCAUGUUGCAUUAGGAAUGUUAAUCGAGAUAGCCCUGCAGGUUACAGGCAUUGUGAGCCGUUGGAUGCCAAAAUCAUUCUAUUGGGGUAAACUUGGAAUGCAUUUCUGGACUACUGCAUUUUUCAUUUUUCUCUUUACUACCAUAGAGUGCAUUAGGUGUGCCCUUGUUGGUAUGUAUGCCGAUAUCCCUUUUGUCUGUGAUGCAGCAUAUAUCCAAAUACCAUAUGAAUAAGGUGGAAUAUGUAAGGAAGAAAACACCUUUACAUUUAUGUAAUCUUGUUUGUAUUGUACCUUUUGUUAAGCAGAACCAAAGAAUGACUACUCAGUUUGUCGUUGUUGUUUAUAUCAAAAUAGUAUCUGUUUGUUA